AUGAAAAACGAACCCUGUAACGUUUGCGGCAGUAGGGACUUGAAUCUUAUUGAUGGAUUCUAUUAUUGUGUUGAAUGUGGUACACAGGAUAUCAACGUCCGUGAAACUAUUGUAGAACAAACUUAUUUAGCUGAUGGAACCCUUGCUUUAGUCGGAGGCAAAAGGUUUUCUACAAUCGUCAAAGAUGGAAUUGAAAUGAGUGGGGAAUGGCACAAAUGGCAUGCCUAUAACUUUAUACUAACUGGUCUGACGGAUGAGUUAAUUAGUCUUGGAGCUAAACCCAGCGUAAAAAUGAAGGUGCUCUGGAUAUGGACACGAUAUGUAAAACGAUUUCAAGUGAAAGAGGAUCUAGAAUUGAAAAGUAAAACAGGAAAUGAUAGGUUAAGUAUCUCUCAAAUAUCAAAAACCCAGAUCAACAGUGAUAACAGUGAACAAGAAGAAGAAUCGGAAGUUCAGAAAAAGAAAAUUAAAUCUGAAAAAUUUACAAAGGACAUCAAGAUUGUAACAAAAGGUUUAUUACUCGCUAUACUAUAUGUUGCUUUAAAUUUAGAUAAAAGCGAUAUACAGUUGUCGCAUUUGUUUAGAUUUAUUAAAGAGGGUAGGUUAAGUUUUUUAAAUUGUACCAAAUAUAUACCAAAAGAAAUAGAAAUAAAAGCGAUACCGCAUUGGAAAAGCUUCAUUCUCUGUCAAAGUGAUUAUAAUUCACAUUCAAUUAGAGCCUAUGCUAUGACGUGUAUUAAAGCUUUAGAUCUUGGUCUUCCCUUUGUUCCAGAUUUGAAAAAGAUCAUGAAUAACUACAUGAAAGAACUGUGCCUUCCAAACGACUUUAAGAAUUUAGUUUAUUCUCUUAUGCUUUACCAUCCAUGUGAUUAUCUUGAUAUAGAUCGGGCAACUAAAAACUGUUUAGUACGGCUUCCAGAUUAUGAAAAUGUUGCAAUGUCGUAUGUUCUUGUUGCGUUAAAAAUGUGCUUUGGCUUGGACUGUGAUUACGAAGUGCGUAUAUCAGAUGCGGUUGACAAAAUUAAUUAUGAAGCAAAUCAUAUAAAAUCACACAAAUUAGGUAUCUAUUUAGAAAUAACAGAUAGAUUAUUUUCCUUUCGAGAAUGGACUCGUUUUUUACAAUUUAGAAAAACUGUGUUGUGCCAACAUUAUUUGCCAAUGGCCAGACAACACAAUCAAGAAGUUGAUGAUUAUGUUCUUAUGGAACAUUUGGAAGAAAGAAACAAACGUCCUAUUAAACUAAGAGAUGAAGUUACUAUGGACAUUUUGAAUAAAAUACCUUAUAAACAUGACAUCAAUCCUAUACCUAAAACUGAAUUUCAGGCUUGUUUGACUCCUAUGUCUACAUAUACAGAUGUUAUAGUAACUUAUGUUCUGGAUGAUGAAUUGAGGCUUUUGUUGAGUGAAGACUUUACUCAAUACUCUUUAAAAUAUGCUACUGAAGAUUUAAAACUUUUUGAUCAAUAUACAACAAACUUAAUUGUAGGCGUUAGUAAUUCGAAUAAAAAAAUAGAAUCGGCUAUAAGAAAAAAUUUUGAUUCAAAAAAAGGAAAUGCUACUAUGGUGUUUGUAAGAAAUUGUGAAAAUAAAAAUUGGUUGAAAACACGGCCGCCAGCCGCAGAACAUAUAACAAAAUGUUCCACAAACAAAACAUGUGAAAGUGAUAAUGGCGACGAUUCAUGCGUUGAUGUUACUCCAGUUGAAACUGAUGAAGAUGAUAAUGAUAUAGACGACAAUACAAAACUAGAAUAUUUUGAAGAGGAAAAAGAAAAUAUUAAUAUAUUUGAUGAUAAUUUUGAUGAUUUAAAUGAAGAAGAUAAAUCCGUCAUAGAGCCGUUCGAUCACAGCAUUGCAAACUUUAGUGAUAGCAGGAUUGACGGUUCUGAUAUUGUAAGUAGUCAUACGUUUACUAAAUUUGAUCCAGAUAAUUUUGACAAAGCAAAAAUUAUUAAUGAACUUAUUUUGUCAGCUUGCAAUAAGUAUAAAAUAACAUUGCCUAAAGAAAACAAAGCAAGAGUGUCUCGAAAGCGUAAAAACGAACACGUGAACACUGAAGCUGAAGAAAUCGCACCUAAAAUAAAGAAAGCAAUGAAUAUAGCAAAACAGAAUGACGGGCAUGUGAAAGUUAACGAUGUGAUUGCUGCAUAUUACAAUUAUCUAGACUGUGAUGAACUUACGAAAGUGUCGGAACAAGUUACACAUGCUGUCGAAGCCAUAGAUAAUAAUCAUGAAGAAGUUUUUAAUGAAACCCAAAUACUCAGUCACAAUGCAAACGGUGAAAUUGAAAAUGUUGGUAACUCAGCACUCAAUAAUUCAGACCACUUUGUGCAGUCAGAUGUAAUCAGCGACACACUUUGUACAAAUAACUUGAAUGAUACUAAUUCUGAACAAUAUGAUGAUUUAGAUACGUAUGCUAACAAAUAUGAUUCCGAUUUUGACGAAAAAACGCACGAUAUUAAACAGUUAUAUGUUAAAUUGAAUGUUGAUACCCCUAUUGAUAAUGUUCCGACUAUAAGCGAUGAUGCAGAUAUAGAUAGAAUAAUUUCUAACAAAAUACAAGAAUUUACUAACUACGAUGGAAAUCUGAUAGAUGUAAGAAAUAAUGAAAAUGAUUCCAGUGAUAAUGAUGAAGAUGAAUACGAUUUUGUAGAAAUGAGUAAAUUUGAAAAAGAAAAGAUCGAAAGCCAAAAUAAUUUGAACCCAUUGAUUAAACAUCCACUAGAGAAAAAAGAAUUUAAGUAUUGGUUACGGCAUUAUAACUCUAGGACCAUUGGAAAGAAUUUGGAUAUGCAUCAAAAAUUUGAUACAGAGCUGAAAGAGAAGUUUCCACCCAGUUUUAAUUUUGUUAUAAGUGAAUGCGCGGCCAUUUUAGGUUGUUCUACGUACAGUCUUUAUAAAGGUAUGCAGAGUUUAGAGGAAAUAAUUUUUGCGAAGUUCAAUUAA